AUGCUCAACGUCCUCGUAGUCGGAGCGGGCAUCGCGGGCCUCUCUGCCGCCGUCUCCCUUCGACGUGCGGGCCACUACGUCCACGUCUACGAGCGCUCAGCCCUGAACAACGAGAUAGGGGCAGCCAUCAACGUCCCGCCCAAUGCUACCCGCUUCUUGCUCGCCUGGGGCCUCGACCCCGUUCGGUGGCGCUUCGUUACCUCACGAGGCAUCAGGUACCUCGACCCGUUCACUCUCGAGCCGCUGAGGAAUGUUGUACCCCCCAAGGGCGGCCCUCGAGCCUUUGGAGGGACCGACCUGUUCUAUGCGCAUCGCGUGGACCUGCACGACGCCCUCAAGUGGUUGGCCACGAAGGAGGACGGACCCGGCGCUCCCGUGACGAUCCAUUUGAGCACGCACAUCGUCGCUUAUGACUCUUCGAAGCCUUCCAUAUUCCUUCAAGGCGGCCAAGAAAUUACCGGCGAUAUUGUCAUAGCGGCCGAUGGCGUGCAUUCACUGGCCUCGGAUGUCAUUCUUGGACGAAAGAACUUUCCCGUCCCGCCCGUCCACUCCAAUUCCUGCUAUCGUUUCUUGAUCCCGGCUGCCGCGCUCGAGGAGGAUCCAGAUACGCGAUUCUGGGUUGAAGAUUGCAACGGGUGGGCUCGCCUUGUCCCUCACGGCCCAACCAAACGAAGAAUUGUGUCAUACCCGUGUCGGAACAAUACCAUUUUCAACUUUGUGGGUGUAUUCUAUGACAAAAACAUGGACUCAGGCGGUGCAGAGAAUUGGCAAGCCAGCGUAGAUAUUUCGCAAGUUCUCGACAGGUACUCUGAUUUCCACCCCAAGCUCCUUGGGGUAAUUAGAAAGGCAAAAGAGGCAAAGCGCUACCCGCUGCUCUAUCGGCAUCCGCUGCCGACCAUGUGCAAGGGGCGGAUGGCUCUCGCCGGGGAUGCUGCACAUCCCAUGCUUCCACACCACGGGCAAGGCGGUGCGCAGGGCCUAGAAGACGGACUGGCCAUCGGGAUCGUCCUCCACGGCGCAUCCAGCCCUUCUGAGAUCGAGAAGCGCCUUGGAAUCUACGAUCAAGUCCGCUGCAAGCGCGCAAGCGCCAUCCAGAUCCUCAGCAACGCUGGAUUGGAACAGUUUGACCUAGUGCAGCACGAGCUGCGCCAGUACCUGGAGCCGGACAAGAUACCAAGGAGCAUGCAAGACACGUACAAGUUCAACUUCGGCUUCGAUAUCGUUCGCGCGACUCUCAAGGCGAUGCAAGAUCACAACCCGGCCUUCCGAUUGCCGGCGGACUUUUUCGAGUGCGAGGUCGUUGGCGUGCCAGGGCAAUGA